AUGAUAAAACCCAUAUUUUCAAGUUCAUUUGAUAGAGAAACGUCUCAUCAAUAUGAACUUCGAUGUCAUCGUGGUUUUGAUUUACGUGUCUGGUUAAAUAAUGAAAAGAAUUUAACAACAAAUACAUGUUUUUGUCCACCUAGUUUUUAUGGUAAUAUGUGUCAAUAUCAAAAUGAACGAAUGAGUUUGACCAUUAAAUUUCGAGCAUUAUCAGAUUCAUGGUCAACAUUAUUUGCAAUAAUUAUUUCACUUAUUGAUGAUAGUGAAGAAAGACUUAUACAUUCAUAUGAACAAUUCAUUUAUUUGUCAAUAAGAGAUUGUAAAAUUAAAUUUAAUAUUUAUUUAUUCUAUUCAACUCGACCAAAAGAUUCAACAAAAAAUUAUUCAAUACAUAUUGAUAUUUAUGAAAAAAAUUUCAUUAAUCUAUCGAGGAAAGUUGAUAUUCCACAAAUUAAUGAUAACAUUCAAACUUGCUCACGUUCUCAAUGUAUUCAUGGAAAAUAUGUGAAAUAUUCAAAUAACCAACAAAAUACUAGUUUUUGUCAAUGUAAUCGAGGAUGGUCUGGACGAUAUUGUACUAUUCAAUAUACUUGUAUUUGUUCAUCUGAUUCAAUAUGUAUUGAUAUAUUAGCUUACACAUGA